UCCAAAAAUUAAAAUCAAAUUGGCCUAAAGAAUGUAGAAGAAGAAAGAACACAGCUUGGCAGUGAGAGCUUCAAAAAAUGGAAGGCGCCAGCUUCUACCGUUCAACCUAAGCUUCGCAGUUAGUAGGAUUAGAGGUUUCAAUCGUUAAUUUUCUUGCCCACUCACUGAGCAACCUUCGCAAUCCGAUUUCUCCUGCAAACUAAUUUGCAAUCCUUCUACAAUCAAAUCGGUUAGUUAAUCUUCGAAUUCCUGUUUCUCGAUUUCCUUCGAUUUGCAUCUGAAUUGGGCUGCCAAUCAAUUGAAGAAUAAUUUCUUGAAUUUAUAUAUCAAUCACGAAACUCUGAUUUGUGCGAAAACCAUGAGGUUUUUGCCAUAUCGUAGAUUUUCCACUCUGCUGGGCUCUGUAGCCAGAACUUCUGCUUCUGUAAACCCUAAAUUGGAUGUAAGUUUAGGGAAAAGGAAUUGGAAAUCAAUUCCAAUACCUCAUCGAUCAAUCCCCGAACCCAGAGGACAAGACCUUGAUUUUGUUAACGUGGUACAUAGCCAUCUGAUUCAUUCGGAUUGGACUAAACUUGAUUGUUUGUCAUUGGGUCUGACAGCAUUCAGAGUCAAACACAUUCUACUGAAAACCCAGAGGGACUAUGUACUUUCGCUCGAGUUCUUCAAUUGGGUUUCGACUCAAAAUCCUUCUUCUCUUACCCUUGAGACUCAUUGCAUAAUCCUUCAUAUACUUGCUAAACAUAGAAAAUUUAAAUCUGCAGAAUCAAUUUUGAGGAGUAUGAUAGAAUCCUGCUCUGUUGACUUUCCUUCUAAGUUGUUUGAAUCUUUACUGUACUCCUACCGACUGUGUGAUUCUUCCCGGCAUGUUUUUGAUCUGCUUUUCAAGACUUUUGCUCAUUUGAAGAAGUUUAGAUAUGCCUCUGAUACAUUUUGUAAGAUGAAGGAUUAUGGAUUUUUACCCACUGUGGAGUCAUGUAAUGCAUUUCUCAGCUCCUUGCUUAAUUUCAACAGGGGUGAUAUUGCAUUGGCGUUUUAUGGGGAAAUGCGGCGUAGUCGAAUUUCCCCAAAUUCAUAUACACUCAACAUGGUUAUUUGUGCUUCCUGUAAAUUGGGAAGAUUAGAUCAGGCUACUCAGGUGUUUGAGGAAAUGGGAACCAUGGGGUUUUCUCCUAAUGUUGCAUCAUAUAAUACACUUAUUUCUGGCUACUGCAAUAAAGGUCUUCUGAGCUCAGCCAUGAAGCUUAGAAGUGCAAUGGAAAAAAAUGGAGUUCCUCCAGAUGUUGUUACAUUUAAUACACUUAUCAAUGGGUUCUGCAAGGAUGGGAAGCUACAAGAAGCAAGUAAAUUAUUUGGUGAGAUGAAAGGGAUGAGUUUAUCUCCUACUACUAUCACCUACAACAUUUUGAUAAAUGGCUACAACAAAGUGGGAAAUGGUGAGAUGGGAAAUCGACUUUUUGAAGAGAUGUCAAGGUUUCAAGUUAAAGCCGAUAUCCUUACUUACAAUGCCCUGAUCUUGGGACUGUGCAAAGAGGGGAAGACAAAGAAAGCUGCAUAUCUGGUUAGAGAGCUUGAUGAGAAGAGUCUUGUCCCGAAUGCUUCAACCUUUUCUGCUCUAAUUUAUGGGGAAUGUGUACAGAAGAAGUCGGAGCGUGCAUUUCAAAUAUAUAAAUGCAUGAUAAAAAGUGGUUUUAUUCCUUGCGAUCAGACCUUCAGGAUGUUGCUGUCUACUUUCUGUGAGAAUGAGGAUUAUGAUGGAGCAGUCCAAUUAUUGAAGGAAAUGUUGAGGAGACACAAGGCUCCUUAUUUGAAUAACUUAUACGAGCUUUGUGCUGGACUUGGCCAGUGUGGAAAAGUUCAAACAGCUAUAUUGUUAUGCAGUGAGUUGGAAGCUCAACAUCUCUUGCCAGAAGGUUUGGACAAACUCAAAGCAUUUGGUUUGUUGCACGAUAACAAAGAUGCAUUGGAUAGUUAACGAUUUAUGUUCUGUGUAUCGUUUUGGUAGAGUUAUCGACAUGGGAUUUAUGAGAAAUCCUUUCUGGUUCUAUAUUCCAAAAGGAUCAAACUGCCUCGUGAUCCAACUGCAAUAACUCACCUGAGCUUCUUCUGCUUAUGCAAGAUACAAAAUACAGCUACAUUUCGGACUUGGAGAUAAAGGCAAAAGACAAUGAUGAACUAAAAUCCAACUCAAAGUUUCCUAUAGGUAAGACUUGAUGGUGCCUCCGUCGACUUGAAACAUACCAGAUUCAUAUUGACUUUUGUUGAUCAGUUGAUUCAUAGUUUUCUGUCAAUAGCUCUAUAUCAAAUGAUUCAAUCCAAGUCAAUUACCAAUGUGAAGGAACUAUGUAUCUUAUGUUACGCUUGGAAUGUGUAUCCUUGCCUUGUCUUUCAUCCCAUGGAACUUUCAUGGGCUUUAACUCUGUCAAUGUUCGACAGUGGAGGAUUUAUUGGUCACUGAUGCUGUUUCUGUGGCAACGUGGUCUUUUUCAAUAGUGGACAAUUUGAUGGCUACGAAGCAUCUCAAAACCUUCACUUCUCCAACAUCAAUGGAAUUUGAACGGUUCGGUUGGAAAUCAACUUUCAAGUUAGAUUGGUUUAGUUAUCAUUCUUAAAAAACCAAUGCUGUUGGUUUAUCAGUUUAGUUGAAAAAUCAUUGUACAUUCCUUCGUACUACUGAAAGUGGAUCAUUUGAACCAUGAUAAAGCAACCAACUAAAUUGUUGCUAGUUGAGUUGAUAUUAAUGUAGAAUACUAUUUGGGUUCCAUCU